GAUUUUGAUUUCGAAGGGGACGACUUUACGUCGACUUUGUUACGCGAUUUGUGUAGCAGCGAGAAUCGUUACAAGGAUCCCUCGAAGAGUGACGCGAACAAAAAUUUCUUGUACAAUCUCCGCGAGUAUUUGGUGAGCUAUCAAGAAUCGUUCGGUGUCCCACGAACGGAAUACUCCUUCUCGGCUCUCAUCGGCACGAUGGGCCGUGCGACCGGCAGAUCUCUUCUCGCGCUGUUGUACGUCAUACUGAACAUCAUACCGGUUGUCGAGGUGUUUCUGUACCUGUUGCGAUUCGUUCUGGACAAACUGAUUAGCAUACGAAACAGCAAGGAUUUUCGGCAGACGAUGACUCGGUGCCUGGUGUUCACGACGGAAUUAUUCAGCGUUUAUAUCUGUCUGAUAUUCAUAUUCGGUUUUAUCGUGUUGCCGAUAGUGCACAUGGUAAUUGACAUAGUAGCGAAGCUGAUGCUCUAUAAUUAA